CUGAAUCUCACCGUCACAACGGCCAUGACGUUGAAUUCCCCACGCUGACUAAUUGUCGAGUCCCCAAGCUAUGACGCGCGCCCCAGCCAGACACCAGGCUAGCCCCUCUUAGCCCUGCAGCUUCCCGUGAAGGCAUCGCGUGUCUGGCGUCGCACACAUGCCCAUCGGCCGACGCCCCAGCCUCGUUGCGCGCGAAGACGACGGGCUGCAGUACUUUGACCGCCUCACCGAGACGGAAGAUGCCGCCGAGCUUCUUUCGCGAUUCGAGAAAUACCACCCGCUCCCGCCCACGACACAGGCCUCGGGCUUCACAACGACGCACGCGGAGAAGUACAUUCUCACUGCGCGCGCACUGGGGAUCCACAAGCUGCUGGACGGCGACGGCGACGGCGACGACGACAACGACGACGACGUCACCGAGCCACGGCGACGCGCACUCGAGCGGCGGUUCCACGUGGGCGUCACGGCGGUUGCGUCGUUCCACCUGACGGUGCGCAACAUCGAGCGCAUCAGCGACGAGUGGGGCACCGAUGCGUGGUUCCGGCUCCGCGACGCGGGCGUGGUGCUGCCUGUGCUCGCGCCGCCGAAGCGCGUGUAUGAGAAGCUCGCGACGAUUGCGCAGCACCUGACUCUGGGCCAGUUCGCGCAGCGCUUCCAAGACGCCUGGCCGCAGCUCAUACGCGGCCGCCGGCUCGAGGGCCAGCCCGAGCGCGCGGUCCAGUACGAGGACCUGCGGCUGUUCUACGAGGAGCACAUUGUGCCUGGCUUGUACCAUACACCAGAGUCGUCGGCGGACACGCCAUCGCGCGACGACGAGCCGCCUCCCGGUGAAGCGUCGCCACGUGCCGUCGAAGUCGCCCGCGGUGCCCCAGUCGACGCGCGCUUGGAGGAGCCCCGCGUCUCGCAUUCUCCCGCGCCCUCCUUCGCACGCUCGCCCACGCCCCCGCCCACGCCCACGCCCACGGCCCCGCGACAAACGGACCUCGAUGACAUAAGCAUCACGGGCUUCGACGUCGACGACACGGGAACGAUACACGGUGACACGGGCGUGGCAGGUGCCGAGCAAGACAUCGCCAUGGUCAGCACUAGGGGGGCAAGCGCGACGGGCGCCCAGCAACCCAAGGCAGCGCACACGACGCAAGAUGCCGCGAAAGACGCUGCGAAAGGUCCUGUGGAAGACGCUGCGAAAGACCCGACACCUCCCCCGAAAGAACAGGCCCCCCUCAAAGACGUCUCCAUCGACACGCUCCGCAAAACAAUGUCUGGCAGGUUCCCCACCAUGCUCUCCCUCUUCGACCAUUCCUCCCACGCCGAAGCCACCGCCCGCCAAGCCCUCCACAGAGCCGCACAAGGCGCCGCAGACGCUCACCAAGCUUUCGUCCAGACAAAGCAAGACAUUGUCCACCAGCUCCCCCCCAACGGGCCCUGGCGCAACAAACACGGCUUCACCGUUACGUCCACGACCCUCACCGCCGGCAAGCAAGAACUCGACGAGGAAGUCGCCCUCGUCGAGGCCCUGCAGGCUGUCAGCUCCAAACACAGCGCUGCGGCACGGAGGCUGGGCACUGACCACUCGAAUCUUUUGGCGAAGAAGCGCAAGGCGAAUGAGGAUGUGGGGGAGGCGAUUGUGCUGUUGGGCGACGCGGAGGAGGUGAGGAAGGGCGCGAAGAGAGUGAGGGCGGAGGCCAGGAGGGAGCUUGUUGAGAUAGAGGGUGCCGUUGACGCCACCAUGGCGUUUGCGGUGAGGUGGUAUGCGGGAAUCGCGAAAGCGAGGGAGGAGGAUGACGGCGGGGGUGGAGAGCGUGGGGAGAGUAGUGCAGAUGAAGAGGACGAGGAUACAAACGAACUUGGAAAUGGAGAUGGCGAAUAA